AUGGUGCUGCAGGCUUGCGUGCGCGCCUCCGCGCGGACCUACUGCUCUUCCUACCAAGAGUCGGGUGAUCUCAUCAAGUCGCCUUCGCCGCCGCCCAGCCAUGACGGGUCCGCGAGCGGCGAGGGCGAGGGCGAGACGAGCGGCGACGAGCGCGGGCCGAGGCUGCGCGCGCCCGCGCCGCACGCCGCCGCGUCCGCCGCCUCGGCCGCCACCGCCGCCGUGCUGGUCAGUGGCCGCCUGCACUUACAUGACGACACUUUAGACGACAGCACCUUCCAUUGCUCACUCAUUCUCAGUGCGGCGGGCGCUGGCAAUGCUUUAGCCCAGUUGCAGCACUUGUUGCUGACACAACACGGCGCACACUCUUUACUGCUACACACACAAGUCCAGCAAGCAGUAGCGCAAGCUGCAGCGCAACAGCUACAACAACUCCAAGCGCGAGCCAACGCCAGCCAGCCCACUAUCGACACGAGGUCGCCGUCGCCGCGCGGCUCGCCGCCCGGCGCCGCCGCGUUCCUGACGCCGCACACGCCGGGCCCGGGCCGCGCGCGCUCCCCGCACGCGCUGCACGCGCACCACUCGCCGCUGCACGCGCACGCGCACAAGCCGCGCGCGCUCGACCCCGCCGACGACACCGCCGACCUCGAGGAGCUCGAGCACUUCGCCAAAACGUUCAAGCAGCGCAGGAUCAAACUCGGUUUCACCCAGGGCGACGUGGGCCUCGCGAUGGGCAAGCUGUACGGGAACGACUUCUCUCAGACGACUAUCUCGCGUUUCGAAGCUCUCAAUCUGAGUUUUAAAAAUAUGUGCAAGCUGAAGCCACUCCUGCAGAAGUGGCUCGAGGACGCAGAUUCGUCGCUGACCGGCGGCGGGGGCGGCGCGUCGCUGGGGGCGGGGCUCGCCGAGGCCGUCGGCCGCCGCCGCAAGAAGAGGACCUCCAUCGAGUCCGGCGUGCGCGUCGCACUCGAGAAAGCCUUCCUCCACAACCCCAAGCCCACCAGCGAGGAGAUCGCCGCCCUCGCCGAUACGCUCUGCAUGGAGAAGGAAGUCGUCCGCGUUUGGUUCUGUAAUCGUAGACAGAAGGAGAAGCGCAUCAACCCGCCGGCGGGCGAGGCGGGCGGCGCCUCGUCACCGGGCGGCGGCGCGCUGCUCCCGCUGGCGCACCCGCUGCACGCGCUGCCCGCGCACGCGCACGCCCUGCCCGCGCACGCGCACGCGCACCCGCACGCGCACGCGCACGGGCACGCGCACGCGCACGCCGCGCUGCAGGCGGCCGCGCUCCAGCCGCUGGCGCUGCUGGCGCGCCCGCCGCGCGACUGA